AUGGAGAGAGACAUGCGGCGUUACCUGCGGGUGUUAGUUCUCUGUCUGGGCUGUGGCUUCUGUUCGUUGCUUUACGCCCUGAACCAGCUCGUGGUGUCCCUGGACGAAGAAGAGACCGGCGGUGGCGGGAAGCUGAAGGCCGCGGCGGUGGCUUCCUGGAUCACUGUUAGCGGACGCAUAGCCGAGAACGGGGCGCGAAGCGUAGGCCCCAAGGAUCAUCCUGGCUGGUCCGACAGGUAUAAUAAGGAUCUUUCUCUCUCUUAUUGGAAUCCCUAUUGGAUGCUGCCCUCUGAUGUUUGUGGAAUGGACUGCUUUUGGGAAGCCACUUUUAGGUAUAGACUGACAAAAAUACAGACUGCUGAGACAAUGCACCUAGCUGUGGUAGCCUGUGGUGAACGACUGGAAGAGACUAUAACCAUGAUAAAAUCAGCUAUUAUUUUCAGCAUCCAACCUCUUCAGUUCCACAUUUUUGCUGAAGACCAGUUGCACCAAAGCUUCAAAAAAAUACUUGAUGGCUGGAAAUUUCUACAAACAUUUAAUUACACUAUAUAUCCAAUAACUUUUCCAACUGAGAAUGCAGCAGAAUGGAAAAAACUCUUUAAACCAUGUGCUUCACAAAGAUUGUUUUUGCCAUUAAUCCUGAAAGAAGUUGAUUCACUAUUGUAUGUUGACACCGAUAUUCUUUUUUUACGCCCUGUUGAUGACAUUUGGUCACUCUUAAAAAAAUUUAACUCUACACAAAUUGCUGCCAUGGCACCAGAGCAUGAGGAACCUCGGAUUGGUUGGUAUAAUCGCUUUGCUAGACAUCCAUACUAUGGAAAAACUGGAAUAAAUUCUGGAGUUAUGUUAAUGAACAUGACACGAAUAAGAAGAAAAUAUUUCAAGAAUGACAUGACAACUGCAUAUCUACAAUGGGGAGAGAUACUUAUGCCAUUACUUAAAAAAUACAAACUGAAUAUCACAUGGGGUGAUCAAGAUUUAUUAAAUAUAAUGUUUUUUCAUAAUCCAGAAAGCCUUUUUGUUUUUCCAUGCCACUGGAAUUAUCGGCCUGAUCAUUGUAUCUAUGGAAGCAAUUGUCGAGAAGCUGAAGAAGAAGGAAUUUUUAUUCUCCAUGGGAACAGAGGUGUUUACCAUGAUGAUAAGCAGCCAGUUUUUAGAGCCAUUUAUGAAGCACUGCGAAAUUGCUCUUUUGGAGAUGAUAAGAUACAUUCUUUGUUACACCCAUUAGAACUGGAACUACAAAAGACUGUACAUACAUACUGUGGGAGAAUGCACAAGAUAUUCACAAAACAACUAGCAAAAAGUAUAAGAGACAAUUAUGACCGACCAUCAAAAGAAAGGUGACUCUUAUUGGUGAAGAUUUAAAUCUAUGGAACUACAAAAAGAAUAUGUGUGGAUGGGUUUUUUUUUUUUGCACAACAUAUAAAUGUUUCAGAAGGAAUUAUUUAUCAUUUUUCCAGAUAAGCUUUACCAGAGAGUAAAUUGAGGUAUGUUUUAUUAUUAUGAAGAAUAGGUUGGAGCCUUUUACCUAACCAGUAAGAUAUUCCUGACAUUUGAAGUUUUGCUAAUCAUUGUUUGAUUUCAUUCCAGUAUUGGUGAAAAUGGACUUUGACUGAUGAAUAGUUUUAGUCUGUGAACUCUUAAUUCUCUAUUGGUUGAAAGAAAUAGGGUUAUGUAAGUGAAGAGCCAUGUACUUCAUAUAUAAUUCUUAAAAUACAAAACUGUGAAUGGUAGCGAUACUUUUGAGUCAGCACUAACCUCACUUUAAUUUUGUGAGAAUAAAGUUUUUAGGGACAGAAAUUGUUUUGUCUCUUAAGGAAAUGUGAUAUAACCGUUGACAAUCUCUGUGUGCCUUUUGAUGUUUCAUCUCUGACAUGUUAAAAUAAUUUUUGUGACAAUCAUGUUUAAAAUCUUUUUGUGAACCACAAACAUAUUUUAAAGCAAGCUGUAUAAAAUAAUAGAAAACUAGUAUAAACUUCUGGAUAUUGGUUAAUAAUGAUUUCAUGUGAAAUAGCUUUUCAUUUGUUCUAAAGCUUGUUCAACUGUCAUGUCCAAAAUCAAAUUUAGAUUUAAAUAUGUUAAAAUAUGU